AUGCUUCGGGUCAGCAUUUUGCGGGGACGUGAAGCUAUCAAUCUUGUAUGUUACUUCCGUGAUUCUGAUUAUUGCAUAUACUAUGUCUGUAAUAGAGAAAGUGUUCCCAGUUUUACAGUUACAACGAUAUAUAAUUUGAACUUAGGAGCUGUUUUACAGAUUACUGUCUCUUCAGUUCACUUAAGCACAAUAAUUCUUCAUGACUGGGAAAUGAGAAAUUGCUUGCGUCAAAAAAGCUAUGAUUAUGGCAAGCGUAUUUCGGAAAGGCAGAGGAAAGGAGGAAUUAUCUGUAGGUGUUUUACAGAAGGUGAAAGUAAAACCGCGUGCGAUAAGUGUGAAGUUCUGAAAGAUGUGAAUGCUGUUGGUGGACUAUAUCGAAGUAUGGUAGCUAACGUGAAUGAGGUAGGACGUGAUUGGCUUGAGAAUUUUAGCACGAGCCGUAACUCGUAA